AUGACUGCGUACAUUGCAGCUUAUGUCAGCCAAUGCAAAGUUUGUCAAGCCCUUGGCGCACAGCAGCAGAAAGAAACGCUAACACCACACCAAAUCCCAAGUAGACCAUGGAGCAAAAUCGGACUGGAUAUCUUUACGCUUUCAGAUCAGCAUUAUCUGAUUAAAGUCGACUACUACAGUAACUUUUGGGAGACAGACCGUUUGGACAGUAUGGACUCAGCCACGGUCAUCACAAAAUUGGAAAGUCAUUAUGCAAGAUAUGGUAUUCCAUCAACAGUUGCAUCAGACAAUGGACCACAGUUUGCAUCAGAUAAAUUCAUAGACUUUGCCAAGACUUAUCAGUUUGACCAUAUCAAUUCGAGUCCAGGGUAUCUCCAAUCAAACGGGAAAGCAGAAAGUGCAGUAAAAACCGCAAAGCACAUCAUUGGAAAAGCAAAGAACACUGGGUCAGACCCAUGGUUUUCACUGUUGGAUCACAGGAACACGCCAACAGCAGGAAUGCAAACUAGCCCAGCACAGCGACUGAUGAGUAGAAGAACCAGAACUCUUCUACCUACCACUGCAAAGCUACUGAAAUCUCAGAUACCAGUCAAUGUUCUUCAGGAAGUAGCAACAUAA